AUGCGUAUAGGUCUAGCCUUAAUUGGCUUAAUAGCAGUAUGCUACGCACAAUAUGAUCAACCAGCUACUGCAGCUGACAGCUCUGACUUUUUCAACUGUCAAGGCCGUGAAGAUGGAAACUACGGAACCGAUUGCUCUGAACGUUAUUACACUUGUGUUAAUGGAGAAGUUACUGUUCGCCGGUGCCAAGAUGGACUUUAUUUCAACCAAGAUGCUGACUACUGUGAUUAUCCUCCUCAACAUUGCUUCGGAGAAGAUUCUCUUAACACCGAAACAAUUGCACAUGAUGAUACUCAAGAAACUGAGCAGCCUGAAGACUCUGAAAGCUUAGUAUAUGGACAAGAGAUCUUGGAAGAUGGCAUUGAUUGUGCUGACAGAGCUGACGGUUUUUACUCAAAUGGUUGCUCCGAAGUUUACACCGUUUGCUCCUUUGGAUCAUCAACCCAAACCAGAUGUUAUCCUGGAUUAGUCUUCGAUCAAAUCAAGUCUAGAUGUACGUAUCCUCAUGAUUGUGGAUUACCCGAACCAACAACUGUUGCUCCAAUCGUUGAACAUCAACAACCCGCUGUUCCUGCUUACCAAACACCAGAGACAACUGAAGCUUAUGUUUCCGUUCCUGAAACCACUGCAUUUUCUCCCAUUGAAACAACUACCACUCAAUCCGCUGAAUAUGACUGUGCCGGUAAGGCCGAUGGAACCUACAGCCUCGGAUGUGUAGCUGAGUAUUACCAAUGCGUAGCUGGAAAAUCGUACAAGUUCCAAUGCCAAUCUGGAUUAGUUUAUGAUACUGCUAAUCAAAGAUGCGAAUAUAGCUGUGGAUCAUCUGAAACCACUACUUCCAAUUACGAGACUUCUUCUCAGUUCUAUACUACCCAACAACCAAUCGGGCAAGAAGAGCCUGAAGUACCAACCAGUGCUCCUACUACCACAGUUCCCUCAGGUUGUGUUGAUGGUGACACUUCCGCUUUUGCUCAGUGUUCUUCGAAGUUCAGAAGAUGCAGAAAUGGAAUAUGGGCUGUUUCAAGAUGUCCAGGAAUGACUGUCUUCGAUGAGACUAUUGGUCUUUGCGUUUAUGAUUUACCUAGAUGCAAAACCUCUUUGUUCACAAAGAAAUCUAAUACCGCCGUGUCUACAUCCGCUUACGGAGUUGCAUCAACUGCUACGAACACAUACCAAGCUCCAGUAGCUUCAGCUCCAGUUGCUGCUCAAAGUGGAUAUGCUCCUCAAAAUGGAUAUGCUCCAGUUGCUGUUCCUGCCCAUCCACCAUUCCCCCAUUUCUUCCAACCAGCAUACGUUUCUAAUCCUUUCUAUGCUUACCGUCGCGAUAGAAGUGAUAGAUUCCGUGGACAUCGUCACGGCAAAGAUUUCAAGCACGGAAGAGGACGAAACGGUAAACAUCAAGAACAAAAAAUCAACAAAGGAAAGAUCAAUUAUAAAACGAGAAGCCCGUUUGUGCGUGGAGACAGAGCAUACGUCAAUGAUCAAUUCAAAGGACGUAGAAGCCCAUUUACUCCACCUAUCUUCCGCAAGGUUUUCCCAACCUACAAUAGAAAGUGGAGAACUACCACUGAAGCUCCUUCCACCACCACGGAAACUGCUGCUGUCCCUAUCGAGUUGCUUAGUGAAACUGUUGGUGUUUCCGCCAUCAAUUCACAGUCGAGAUUUGCUCCUUUAUCCGAUGCUUCUGAAACUGUUGAACCUGCUAGUGAAACCGUUGCUUCUGUAGCUCCGGUUGCUGAAGACGCAAUUGAAGGAUCUGGUGAAGAGUCGGAAAUUCCUAGAAGAAUGAAGAGAAGUUACGGAGUUAUCGAGUCUGGUGCUGAUUCAACCUCUGGCCUUUGCUCAGCUGUCGUUUCUGGAUCUCUCGUCUCUCUUGGUAGCUGUCGUCAGGACUUCGUCUAUUGUGAAUCAACGAUCAACGAAGUGGUUGCUGCUUGUCCAGUUGGAGAAUUGUUCGAUGAAGUUGCUAGGAAGUGUACUGUUGCUGAUUACUGCGGCGAAAACACCGAUUCCGUCCCAUCCCUCCCAAUUGAUGAGGUCGAUAAUGUUGUUGCUGAAUCCAAUAGCGAUGUUCUCGGAGAACCAGCUCAAACUCAAAAUGAAGCUUCCGAUGCUGUCGUCUCGUCUCAAGAGCCCCAUCAUCCAGUGUCUCAACCUGCUCAAUCACAAAAUGCUGCUAAUUCAGAAGCUGUUACUUACGGCAAGUUUCAACGACAUGAACAGAUUGUCACCGUCGCUCCAUCCCGUGAUGUUGAAGCCAUAAGCGAAGAGGUUCAAUUUGAUGCCUGUGAAGGAAAAAUUGACGGAUACUUUGCUGUUGGAUGCUCAACCAAGUAUUUCAUCUGUGAUAACGGACGAACUAUUGAAAUGUCUUGCGCUAAUGGACUUGUUUUCAAUGAGAGAAGCAUCGCCUGUGAUUACAAGUUUAACGUACAGUCAUGCGACGAAUCUUCAGUUAUACCAGCCGCCGAAGAACCAACUGCAAACGUCCAGCCAGUUCCAUACAAACCUGCACCUGAAACUCCUAUUGCUCAAGCUCCCAGUACUAAAUGUGUCAGAGACGGUUUCUUCGCUGAAGCUCUUUGCUCCGGAAGUUACUUCUCAUGCAAGAAUGGUCUUUUAGCUCACAAUUUCACCUGCGCUGAAGGAGAUGUAUUCUCUGAGCGAUUUGCUAGCUGUGUCUCUAGAUCAAAGGCCGGAUGUUCUUCCAAGGCUAUCCCUUAUGUUCCUGCUGUUACUGUACCAACUGUCGCCAGCACAGAAAACCCUGUCAGAGGAUACGAUGCCUAUGCUACUGAAGCAUCAACUAUUGUUGAGACUACUGCCGCACCUGCUCAAGAUUCUCUUUGCCCAGUUGGACCUUACUCCGAUUCAAAAUGUUCCACUACUUACAAAGUAUGCGGGGCAGGAUUAAUUCAUGAGCUCAACUGUCCUGCUGGAUUAGUUUUCCACAAUGAUCGUUGUGAGUACCCAGAAUUUGCUGGAUGUGAAAAUGUUGUAACUACUGAAACUCCAAUUGUAUCUGAAGAUGUUACUGAAGCAAUUGCCGUCACUUCAAGUUAUCAAGUAGCUGAAGAAUCUAUCACUCCAACAACUGAAGGAUAUACUGCAACUGAUGGAUAUACUGCAACUGAAGAAUCCACCAUCACUGAAGAAUCCACCAUCACUGAAGGAUCUAGCACCACUACUGCCACUGUAGCUUCUGAUAACCAGGUUAACCAACCUGAAUGUCAAUACGGUGAGACUCGAUCUUUCGCGAUCGGAUCAUGCUCUAACACCUACAAAACUUGCACUGAGGAAGGACAACUCAUCAACUCAAACUGUGAUUACGGACUUGUUUUCGAACAACAAUCCGGAACAUGUGUUAGCAGCUCUUUGUGCUCCCCUCAGAUGAGCGAAAACGUACAAACGACUGAAGCUUCGCUUGAGCCAUCCACCCUUGCUAACGUAGCAACUCCUUGCUCUGGAAAGAAAGACUAUGAAACUAUCUCCUAUGGUGAUUGCCGUGACUCCUUCAUGCGUUGUAUAAAUGGAGCACCUGUAACCGAACAUUGUGCCAAGAAUCACGUUUACUCUUCUGCUCAUGGACGCUGUAUCCGCCGUGAAAAAAUUAGCGAAUGCUCUGAAAGCCAUAUUGAGUACGUUGUACCUUCCGGAAACUUCUCGGACUUCUGUAAUCGUCGUCGUGAUGGAUUGUACCGUAACCCCAAAGUCUGCUCCGGAAUUCUUCAAUGCUUCGGUGGUGAACUAUAUGCCCGACCAUCUUGCCCUGGUGGACUUGUUUUCAACGAGAAAAAUGAUCAAUGCGAUUAUCGUCACAAUGUUCCAGGAUGUGAAGAUGUUUCUGCCGAUCCAAGCCUUGAAGGAGGAUGCCGUGGACAGAAGCAUGGAGCUUAUUUGGCUGAUAAUGCUGAUUGCACUAUCUUCUACAGAUGUGUAUGGGACCGACUUGAAAAAAUGGCAUGCCCAAGCGGAACAGUCUUCAAUCCAGUAUUCUCUGUUUGUGACUGGCCUGCUAACGUUCCUAACUGUGCCAAUGGAUCUGUCAUCAGCUCUACUCCAUCUGCCGACGAAGCAGUUGAAACAACUUCCGUAGAUUCUAACAGUUCUUCCGAACAGCCAAUCAGACCUUACUGA